AUGCCCCGCGCCGUCUCCCUGGACACGGUUCCAAACAGCCGUGGCCCGCGGUGUCUGUCGCUCGGUGGGUGUGGUUGCCCCUAGUUUGAGGCCUGCCCGAUUACCCGCAAGACUUGGGCAGCCCCGGGCGCCGCUCCGACCACGACAGGGAAAGGUAAAGCGAACUGUGCUCCUUGGGGCUAGCCAGGCUCCCCUGCGAGGGGGAAGGUAAUGGUUUCAAGCUGCCCGGGCUGGGUUCCGAAUCUCUAGGACGCCAUGGCUGCGAUCUCCUCGCUUUCCUGGACGUCUUACCUCCGGAUGUACUCCAGUCUCAGUGCCCCUCAAUAAACGUUAACCUGCUUUGCCAAAAUGUAAAUGUUUAAAAAGGAACCUUAAUCUCAUCUUUAAAAUAAGGAGAAUUACUGGGUGACCUGAAGGACCCUUUUCAGCUGGAAAGUCUGAACUGACCAACACUGGAUGAAUGUGACCAUUUCUUAGGAGACUGGAAUGUUAAGUUUCUAUAAAUGAAUGAACCAGUUCUCUCUUGUUUGGAGCAAUGCUGAAAUUCCAAGAGGCAGCUAAGUGUGUGAGUGGAUCAACAGCCAUUUCCACUUAUCCAAAGACCUUGAUUGCAAGAAGAUACGUGCUUCAACAAAAACUUGGCAGUGGAAGUUUUGGAACUGUCUAUCUGGUUUCAGACAAGAAAGCCAAACGAGGAGAGGAAUUAAAGGUACUUAAGGAAAUAUCUGUUGGAGAACUAAAUCCAAAUGAAACUGUGCAGGCCAAUUUGGAAGCCCAGCUCCUCUCCAAGCUGGACCACCCAGCCAUUGUCAAGUUCCAUGCAAGUUUUAUGGAGCAAGAUAAUUUCUGCAUUAUCACGGAGUACUGUGAGGACCUCUCCAAGGAGAACUACAAACCACUGCUCAAUGAAAUAAAAGAGGAUACAAACAAAUGGAAGAACAUUCCAUGCUCAUGGGUAGGAAGAAUCAAUAUCGUGAAAAUGGCCAUACUGCCCAAGGGCCGAGAUCUGGACGAUAAAAUUCAGGAAUAUAAACAAGCUGGAAAAAUCUUUCCAGAAAAUCAAAUAAUAGAAUGGUUUAUCCAGCUGCUGCUGGGAGUUGACUACAUGCAUGAGAGGAGGAUACUUCAUCGAGACUUAAAGUCAAAGAAUAUAUUUCUGAAAAAUAAUCUACUUAAAAUUGGAGAUUUUGGAGUUUCUCGACUUCUAAUGGGAUCCUGUGACCUGGCCACAACUUUAACUGGAACUCCCCAUUAUAUGAGUCCUGAGGCUCUGAAACACCAAGGCUAUGACACAAAGUCAGACAUCUGGUCACUGGCAUGCAUUUUGUAUGAGAUGUGCUGCAUGAAUCAUGCAUUCGCUGGCUCCAAUUUCUUAUCCAUUGUUUUAAAAAUUGUGGAAGGUGACACACCUUCUCUCCCUGAGAGAUAUCCAAAAGAACUAAAUGCCAUCAUGGAAAGCAUGUUGAACAAGAAUCCUUCAUUAAGACCAUCUGCUAUCGAAAUUUUAAAAAUCCCUUACAUUGAUGAGCAGCUACAGAACCUAAUGUGUAGAUAUUCAGAAAUGACUCUGGAAGACAAAAAUUUGGAUUGUCAGAAGGAGGCUGCUCAUAUAAUUAAUGCCAUGCAAAAAAGGAUCCACCUGCAGACUCUGAGGGCACUGUCAGAAGUACAGAAAAUGACGCCAAGAGAAAGGAUGCGGCUGAGGAAGCUCCAGGCGGCUGAUGAGAAAGCCAGGAAGCUGAAAAAGAUUGUGGAAGAAAAAUAUGAAGAAAAUAGCAAACGAAUGCAAGAAUUGAGAUCUCGGAACUUUCAGCAGCUGAGUGUUGACGUACUCCAUGAAAAAACACAUUUAAAAGGAAUGGAAGAAAAGGAGGAGCAACCUGAGGGAAGACUUACUUGUUCACCCCAGGACGAGGAUGAAGAGAGGUGGCAAGGCAGGGAAGAGGAAUCUGAUGAACCAACUUUAGAGAACCUGCCUGAGUCUCAGCCUAUUCCUUCCAUGGACCUCCGCGAACUUGAAUCAGUUGUAGAGGAUGCCACAUCUGACCUUGGAUAUCAUGAGAUCCCAGAAGACCCACUUGUGGCUGAAGAGUACUACGCUGAUGCAUUUGAUUCCUAUUGUGAAGAGAGUGAUGAGGAGGAAGAAGAAAUAGCGUUAGAAAGACCAGAGAAAGAAAUCAGGAAUGAGGGAUCCCAGCCUGCUUACAGAACGAACCAACAGGACAGUGAUAUCGAAGCAUUGGCCUGGUGUUUGGAAAAUGUCCUGGGUUGCACUUCUCUAGACACAAAGACCAUCACCACCAUGGCUGAAGACAUGUCCCCAGGACCACCAAUUUUCAACAGUGCGAUGGCCAGGACCAAGAUGAAACGCAUGAGGGAAUCAGCCAUGCAGAAGCUGGGGACAGAAGUAUUUGAAGAGGUCUAUAAUUACCUCAAGAGAGCAAGGCAUCAGAAUGCUAGCGAAGCAGAGAUCCGCGAGUGUUUGGAAAAAGUGGUGCCUCGAGCCAGCGACUGUUUUGAAGUGGACCAGCUCCUGUACUUUGAAGAGCAGUUGCUGAUCACGAUGGGAAAAGAACCUACUCUCCAGAACCAUCUCUAGGCAACUAUCAAAAAGAAGCAGAAGUUCAAGUGGACAAAUUUAUGUGAAAAUUCAUUUAACAUAUAAGCUGAACUCUAUUAUGGGGAAUGGAUACAAAAGCAGAGCUCCCAUCUUGACUUUCAAUUCCUCAUCAGAAGUACUGGCUUCUUUAGAGAGUAGUAAGCAUGGCUGCCUAUGCUUGGAGUCAUAAGUGUUAUUUGGACUUACCCUGAGAUAAGCUUAUAGAUCAAAUUUGGCUCCCUUGAAAAGCAUUUCUCUCAUGUGCGCCCUCGGGGCUUCCAGCAGGAUUGAGUCACCCUGACGAUGACCGGGGAGAAGCCGUGUGCUCUUCAUUAUUUUCAGCUGGAGGACAGAGCUCAGUGCCUGACUGCCUAGGGUCUCGUGGACUGUGGGCAGCCUGCCAGUGAAGGUCACUGGACUCUGGCCUACAACAUGCUGAGCUACAGCCCAGAAGCCAGACAUGCCUGUCUUAGCUGACCUGUUUUUGGUCCACUUUUGCCCUUCCAUGACUAACAAGGAAGAUAUGUGUGUAUUUCAUACACACACAAGGACCUGGAUUAAAAAUCCAACAAGUGAUUCUCUUCUAUGAUUUAUUUCAAACUCAUCCAUAGAUAAUUCAAGAUUUGUAUUCAAAAUAAACAUAGUUUUCACAGUUACAAAAUAAAUCACCUAUUUUAUCUUUUCCUUAUGUAAAA